GAAGCCAUGCUGCUAUGGCUGACCCUCACCCUUCUGUGGAGCCCCACCUGCUGGGCAGGGCAGAUGUACGGGCCCGGAGGAGGAUGGCAUUUCAGUACCUUUAAAGACUAUGAAAAUGAAAUCACUGGGAUUCGAGUGUUUGUAGGUGCUAUCGGCAUAUUUAAGAGUAUCCAGGUGAGGUUUGGAUCCUGGAGUGAAAAAUAUGGAGUCUCAGGUGCGAAGCCCCAGGAAUGCCUCCUGCUGCCAGGUUAACACAUUAUAGGAAUCUACAGCUCCUACAAGCUUUUCCUCCAGCACCUGGUCAUAUACACCGACUUUGAGUGCUGGAGAGGAAGCACUUCCACACUUGGAGAGGAAGGUGGCAGGACCUUUUUUGACUCCCCAGGUAACAGUAAGGAGGUGCUCACUGGAAUCUUUGAGCAUUACAGGCUCCUGGGCAUUUCCAGUAUCGGCUUUGAGUGGGAUUAUCCUCUCGUAACCUUGAACUCUGUUCCACCAGAUAGCACCACAACCUAA